UGUUUAUGUUAUUUAAAUUCAGCGUUGAAUUAAAUGCUUGUUCUAGUGUUGUUUAGCGGUAACAAGUUAAAACCGGUAAAAUAACAUAUCGAUAUCUACGAAACAACCCUAAAGUUGUUGUCUAUGUCAUUUUUUUUGUAAACAAAUCGUUGAUUGAUUGAAUUCGUUUCUCGAUACAAAAUAAAAUGCACCCUCGUGUUUAUAAAAAUUGUGUGAUGUGAAUUUAUUUAGACUGGCAGCGUUUUAGAAUAUAGCCAUGUCGGGUUAUUUAGAGGUGAAGUACCCGUUCAAGUCGAGCCUCGGGCUGAAUCCGUUCAAGACAUGGAAGAAGCAGUGGUGCAUCCUGCGUCCGUCGGCGACGCUGGCGGGCGGCGGGUCGCUGGCGGUGUACUGCAGCGAGGCGGGCGCGGCGGCGGGCUGCGUGGGGCUCCCACCUGGCGGCGCGGUGCGGCGGGCGGCGUCUCGCUCGCGGGCGCACGCCUUCGCCGUGUUCGCGGCCGGCGACUGCCGCAAGCCGCGCGUGCUGCUGGCCGCCGCCUCCGCACAAGACGCGCAGCUCUGGAUGGAUAAGAUCAAGGCUCUGCUCACUGGCAGCCUGCACGGCACAGAAUCAUUACUGAAAGACUCAUACCCUGUAACCGUGGUAUCGACCGACUGGUCUGUGAGGUGCGGGCUGGCGGGCGCUGACGGAACCCUGGCUCUGUCUGCGCAGGGACUCACCAUCAUGGUGGAGCACAAGGAGGGUACCUUCGUGCAAUGGCGGCACAUCAGUGACGUCACCGUCGAUAACCGUUCUUGCGAGAUGACCAUAGAUAGCGGCUGCCCCCACGGACGCGGCGCCCUGUGCGUUCGCUCCUCCCGUGCCGCCGAGCUGGGCUCCACGCUGGCGCACACGGUGCGAGCCCCCCGCGCCCCCCGCCCCCUGGCCCGGGCAAGGCCUGUCAGUCGCAGUGACGGGGACCUGAGGAGCGGGGCGGAUGAUGAGAGUGGCGACGUGAGACGAAGCAGCUGGUACAGCGGGCCCUCGGACGUGUCGCUCGACGACACCGACCUCGUCAUCGCCAAGGAGUGCAGCCGGCCGGCCACGCUGUCCCGCGCGCCGCGCCGCGCCCUGCUGCCGGCUCGAGACCACACCUCUGCGGGCAGUCUGGCCUCCUGCAUGUCGGACCGGCGCUCGCUGCUGUCCGUGGCGUCGGGCGUGUACGAGGAGAUCCCCGACGCUCCUGCAGACCAGCUGGACGGCGAGGCCAUACCGGAGCGCGUGCUUAGAGAUAUAGGUUCGAAGCUGUCCCGGCUGGAGGAGCCCACGUACGAGUCGGUCGCCGAGUGCGUGUACGCGACCAUGCGCCGCCGCCGCGCGCCGCCGCCGCCGCUGCCGCCCAGACUGCCGUUCAGCACAUCAAAACUAGGCGAGUCAUGGGGCUCGCGCAUGAACAAGUGUCCGCCCGUCACCCGCGCGGGGUCUCUCGGCUCCCUCCGCCCCCUGCCCCGCCCCUCACCCCACCCCUUGCCCCCCUCGCCCCCCCAACACCACACCCGCACCCUGCCCAAGGCCAAGCCCUUCAGCGUGUUCAGGAAGCGGCUGAAGAGCGACACGGCGAUAGUCAAGGACGUCAAAGAGAAUAGCAGCAGUGUUGAAACGAAGAAGAAGAAGUUUGAUUUUACGCCGACCAGGGAUAUUUUUAAGAGCUUCAAGGUGGGUCGCAAGAUGAAGGGGCUGAAGCUGGCGGGCGCGCUGAAGAAGGGCGAGACCAAGAGCUGCGAGUUCCUGGACGACGCGGAGCGCACCGCCGCCGCCGCCCGGCCCUCCAGAUCCGUGGAAUGCCUGGAAACCAGCGACGACCUCGACGUCGAGCUCGCAGUCGAGUGCAGCGACGAGUCGGCGGCCGAGCUGUCGCUCCCGCAGCACAUCCUCGACCUCAUCCUGCAGGGCCGGCGACAACUCGCCACAAUACGACACGUCGCUGAAGACGACUACAUGCCGAUGUCGCCGAUUGUGGCGCCCUCUACGCCGAUUGAACAGCACUAUAUCGUGAUGUCGCCUCGGACCAAUAUCGCUUGAAGGGUUAGUGAGUGGGUUAGUUUGUUGUGUGCUUUGGACGUUGUUGUGACGUCAUACGUUCGGUGUUGGAAUAGUAAUUGUGUUUGACACGGUCCCGUUUUGGGAGCCUGUGUGUGAAAAGAUCUGUUUGCAAGUCCCGUGAAAGCGGGUGUUGUGUGUUUACAAAAGUGUUUGCCCGGAUAGAUAGCGAAAAUAUGGAUUUAGCUUGUAUUUUGUAAGAUUUUUACGGUAGUCAAUACGGCUAUACUGUGAAUUUCUUAUUCGUGCAUGAAGUGUACUAAAGUCUGUAAAUAUGUGUUCCGUUUAUCUCAAAUGAAGAGACUGCUCAGUUUUGAGUAUAUAUUUUUAAAGAGCUUGUUUGUGUGUUUUACAUACGCAUUGUACGAAGGACUGCAAAAAAGUCUUGUGAGAUCUAGGUUAACACUUCUGUCAAUAUUCGACAGUACGCCAAUUAAUUGAUGAAUUUCUACACAGUGGAAAUAUUAUUAUGUUAAAAAAUUGAGAUUAGAAUGAUGAGAAGACAUUGCAUUACAUCAUUACAAGAUAAAACUGGCAAAAUGUUAACAUAAGAAUUUCGAUAGUCGAUUGAUAACCUCAUUUUGCACACACACUAAAAGUUUUUAAGUAAGUAUUCGAGUUAAAAGCUUCAGCAGAAAUAAAUAUAAAAAAAGCUAAAACGCCGUUGCUUGACUCGGAGUCACAAAAGAGACUUCUUAAUUUAUGUAUGCGGAAGUUUGUCCAUAUGUCACGAUUUAGUGAGGCUGUAAAGGGCUUGAGUCGAUGUUACAUCGAGAAAAUUGUUUGAAGCGACCCGCAAGCAAAUGCUAAUUUAUAAAUAUAGCUAAAGCUUAGUAUGUUAUAGUGCUGGGAGAUGAAAAUUCGAAAAUGUAGCGAGUAAACACUCGCUGGUCCAACAAAAAAAAUAAGACUGAAAAAUACUAAUUUUUCGACGCGUUUAUUAGGUUUGUAAAGGUCAGUAAAAUAUUUUAAAUUUAAACCGAAUUUGUGAAGUCUGUUUUUAAUUUAUAUGGAAAGUGUUUAAAUAAUAAUAAUGGAUAGCUUUAUUCGAUGUAUACGGCUUGUUUUGCUAACGUUUUGUGAUAUUAUUGAAGUAAUACUUUGUUGGAUAAGUUAAAAAUCUUUUUGUGUCGAUUCAACAGCAUCGCAGCUCUCAUUUUGUUAUCAGUUGCCUUUUAUUAUGAAGUCCUAUUAAUAAUAAUUGGUAUGCAACCAAAACCAUACAACACAAAAAAAUAUUGUGUAAUCGGUAAAAUUUAUCGAUUUCUAUGAAAUAUUGCAUUUGUUUAUCUAAUCACAUGCCUGAGAGGUUGCAGUCAGUUAUUACUAUGAACUUGAUAACUAAAAGUAACGUAAACAAAAGGGUAAAAAACCAUAGCAGCUCGGUUCAGUUAAAAAUCUCACAUCCGCCUAGUAAAUAAAUCGUAUCGUACUAUUUUAAAUUAUCUGGAGAUUUCUAUCUGUUCUCGUAGCUACUACACUAUGGCCAGAGCUGUUGUGGAAUCGCAACAAAAAGUAUAGCUAAAUGGCUGAUAUGAGAAGAUCUGUGCUUAGAGAGAAGGUGUCUGUAUAGUACACUUCGGUUCACGAAAGAUGACCAAUUAGGUGUACGUGGCGAACACAGCCGAUGUGCCAGUCUACGCCACGAGACAUACAGAUAUUUAAUUAUUGUUUAUCUGAUUUUAGAUAAAAGAAAAGCCCAGGUAAAAACUAAUCUUUAAAAAAUAUUGGUCAACUUACGUGAGUCGGAGUUACUUUCGAAGUUACACAAUAGAAACUAGUUGACCGCCCAUAUUUUGUGGUAAGCAUAAUAAAUGAAAGGAUGGAAUUCAAUUCUAACGAACCCUUCGAGUCUAUUCACGGACUAAAUUACCAGUUAAUUGCAACCUGAGGGAAUUAAAUAUGAAAGAAGAUGGAAUUCCAUUCCUAUAUAUGUAUACCAUCGCACUUUCUAGGGACACUAGAUAGAUUUGUAGAAGAAAAAUAGAAAAGACAAAAAUGCUUAUAAGCUUAGAUAAAAUGUAUCUGAAUUCAUGAAUAUAGUCGAUUGAUUGUAAAGGCGGUUGCCAUAAAUGAAAAUAAAUAUAAAUUUUGGUCUUUGAUAAUCCACGAACGACGUCUUAUCUUAAAUCUUAUUUAUAUUCAUUUAUGGCCACAUAUUUCAUAAUAUGCUUUCGUGAUGCACAUGUUUUUAUUUAAACUAUUUUCGGCCUAGGAUUAAUCGACAAAAAUGCUAGUUCCUUUUCAAAGUAGCCAAAUAUUAUUAUUAUAAGUGUAAGUUUAAAAAUAGGUUAGAUAAAAUAACUUUAGAUCUGUCUGCUUUACAGAGGGUGUGUUUCCGUCGAUUGAGCUUACAAUUUUAGUGUGUAUGUAGUUAGUAAGUUAUGUUACAACUGAGAAAACAACUAUUAUUGAAGGUUUAGUUUGUCUUUUGUGCUAGGGCUCGGGUCUCUAAAUUUUUGCUGUCUCGACAUUAUCUCAAUACCUACGCGAAAUAAUAUAUCCUAUUUUACAUCGUGUGUCAGGUAAUAUCGAAAGAUCAAGAAACGGAGGGAACACAAAUUAAAUGAAAAUUAUUUUCCUGAGUGUAAUUUUUCAUAGAUAAUGUAUUUAAAAGUAAAGCUUAUCGAUAUCCACAAAAACUGAUGAAAAAGUAACAGGAAUAUCUUUGCCUUAUCUUUUCAUGGCCAUUUUGGGCUUGGUAGCUUUCUUAUGAAGCAGUAGGUACGUUUUAAUUAAAACACACUGAAAACAUGAUUCUUUAUGAUAACAAUUAGUAUUUUUUACCGUUUUUCGGUAUUUACUUUUAUACUUACAGAUUAUAAUGUAAGGAAAACAAGGUUACAUAUUAAAAAUUAUGUUUUCAGAUGUCCACAUAAAAAAAUAUUAAGAUGGAUUUGUUCAAAAACCUCAAGCUUAUAUCACACUAUCUCGUUACCAAUAUGUUUUCUUUCUAGAGUUAAUUAGUUUAAAACCUUUAAUUGUAAACAAUUAUGCAUAUGUAAGUUAUAAUAUUUAUUGUUUUAGUUAUUUUUUGUGUUUUAGGUCAUUCAGUCUAGCCGUUUAUUUGAUUUGUUUUAAACCUGGUUGUGAAUUAAUUGAAAUGAUAUAUUAAUUAAACUUAAAUCAGGUUUAUUUGUACCAUAAUAUUAGUUUUUGUUUUCGGUGUCAGAAGGUGGAGUACUAAUUUUAAAAUUUCCAUUUUGUUUUUUGUUGCUUACAAUAAUUGAACCUGGUACUGGACCAAUUUGUUAACUUUUGUUUUUAUUUUUAUUUUAUAAUUAAACAUAGUAAAGUUUGUACGUGCA